CGCACAUAGGUAGCAGCUCGGGUCCAAAUUAUGCUCCCAAGGGGAGGACCGCAAAAAGUUAACAGUAAUCUGCAAAUUGGCAUCAUUAUGUCUUUCGAUGGGUAAACAUUCUACGUCCCUUUCAUUCUUCCCGGUCCAAAAAUCGUGCAUUGGCAACAUAAAUUACUGCUAUAAUGAAUAUCAGACCAGUGGCACAGCGUGUAUACCUAUCAUCCCAAAGUUCCUCCCUACUCAUAUCGACCCAAGCGCACCUCCAUUUGUUUUCGAGGUAGUAUCUGACGUCUCCCGAGUCAAUCAGGCCAUAGGGUUCCAAUGGCACAAAGUCAAGGAUCCGGAAAGUCAGGUUCUCGAUGAUCUUGGUUGUUAGACUAUCUGGGACACCGUCCAACAGCACAUCGAGGAACCAUGACAAAGUCCCCCCCCCCUGAACCUGCUCAAGCUCGGCGAGACAGCUUCGAACAUCCCUCUUCGGUGAUUGAACGCAUGGUCAUCACAGACAUUUCGUGGAUGCGAACCCCAGCUUAGGUCGAGCUGACACCUCCUAGUGACAUGCAUCCUUUUAGUCUCUCGCAUCACUCGGGUUUCCAGAAACUCGCCUGGAAUUAUCAUUGACGAAUCAUCCUUCUCCCUUCCUCCAGACGAUGACGUAUGAUCAUUCGAUUUCCUUUACUACAUAAGCGCGCAUCAUACAUGAGAAUGGGAAUUAAACUAUUCUCCUGCAUGGAGAUUUGUAGGUCAACACAUGUGAUGGACUGCAAGCAUGAAAA